AGCCUCGGUGCAUCUGACAACCUGCGGCCCGCGGUUCUCGCAAACGAAUGAAAAACGUUGUCACGUGAUUAACACGGAAGUAGAGGCGAUCAGUGUCGAAUCGCAAACAGACGACAAGAUGGCAUCUCACCCGGGAGGAGGCGACGGCCAAGGAAAUACUAAAGAUCAAAUCCUGGAAGUAGGAACUGUUUUGUUAAAGGAUUUCAUCUAUGAGCGGGUUCGGCGGCACGGGGACAGUAAUGCUGUCGUGACCAGGGCUCAGCUGGGCGGAGGAGAGCUGUGUGACCCCAACCACAAGAAGCUCGCCCAGUGUCUGCAGCAGAUCGGAGAUGAGCUGGACGGACACGUGGAGCUCCAAAGGAUGAUAAACAACUCUUCACUCAGUCCCACGAAGGACGUGUUUUUGCGAGUUGCCAUUGAGAUAUUCUCCGAUGGAAAAUUCAACUGGGGCCGGGUGGUUGCGCUCUUCUACUUUGCCUGUCGACUCGUCAUCAAAGCUCUUGUGACCCAAGUUCCUGAUAUCAUUAGAACCAUUAUCUGCUGGACCAUGGACUACCUCCGUGAAAAUGUGAUCAACUGGAUCAGUGAGCAAGGUGGCUGGGAGGGUAUUCGUUCCUACUUCGGCACACCUACGUGGCAGACGGUGGGGGUUUUCUUGGCUGGUGUUCUCACCACUGUUCUCGUCAUUCGAAAGUUGUGAGGCAUAUGUGCAGACCAGACGGGAGAGACUACGACUGAGGGAAAUGGGGACAGGAACGAAAAUGUGUGAGGAACAUUCGAAAGGACAACAGAAAGAAGUUAUGGCAGAGUUGAAAAUGAAGAACUUGUUUGUGGACAAGGAGAACCACUUCUGCCUCCCACUUAUGUCAAAGGAUUGGGAGUCGGACUGAACACACUGUCAUACCCAUGAUCUCUAUGCCACUGAGGCAGUGAGCUUUGCAUGAUUACAUGCACAACAUUUGAGGGUGGGGGGGGGGCGGGUGUUCAGACUUCAACAGGGAAUGCAUUUUAAGUAAUUUAUUUUUUAUUUGGUACGGAUUUAAAGAAAAAGUAACUGCAUUCUGUUUUCUGCCCUAAAAGAUAUAUGGACUCAAAAGUUUCUCAUAAAUGUAAGGGUUUUUCCUCUCUGCAUUCAUUUCAUUGUUUUGUUUUAUUUUAGUUCCACUCUACUUGCGUUUCUGAUCUUCCAACUCUCUCCAUCCAUUUCAUCACAGUGUCUGUAUGUAAUGGAUUCCAUCUUCAAAUGUAUUUGUAAGUGUUUACUGAUCUGCUGGCAAUGAGGGUGGUCGCAUUCGAUCUAGUUGAAAGGAGAUAUUUUUCAGAUUUAGCAAGAAAAUGGUGUAGAUAUAGAUGACUUAGACUUCUGAUAAUAACUUUGUUUAAACAACCACAGGUAGUUUAUUUUUUGAGUGCAGGAGUGGCCAACCAGUCGAGCAUAAAGAGCCAAUUUAGCCUUAUUUCAGUGUGUAAGAAAAGCGCCGCAGCAGGGACUUAUGUAAAAAGUCACAUGAUCUUAAAAAGACAAUUGAAUCUAAAUUCCUGCCGUAUGUAACAAUCAACCAUAGUCUUUCUUUGAUAUUCAUUUUGACCAUCAUUGUGAUCACAAUGUGGCUCCCAGCAAGAUCAAAUUUUUUUUUGUCCUUUGUGAAAGGAGCCACGAGUCGUGACCUGAUGCUUCCUGUUGUCUAUGAAAGAAGUUGCACUGCAGCCACAGAAAGCACUGUAUUACUCACAGAUGCUUACCUCACUUUUUACAUAUUCAUAGUACUGUAUUUCUACCCCAGUUAUUCAAAACUGCAAUCUUCUCUACACAGCAAUCUACUUUUUAUACAUUUUGCUUUUAGUUGUCAGUGCCUUGGUGUGUUUUUUGUUGUUUUUUUAACUCUAAAAUCAUUUUUGAUAUUCUCAAAUUUUCACUGUUUUUUCUAUCACGUUUGUAAAGCUGAAAUGAGUUUGGAGUCUCCCUGAAAAAAUCUUUUUGCAGUGACCCUGUAUGUCACAAUAUGGAAAAUAAAUCUUUUAACUGUUAA